AUGUCAAACCGAAAAGUAUUAUCAUUGAAACAUUUUCUUGUUCGUUCACAAGCAUUGUCAUUGUAUCGUGAUAUUUUUCGUACUAUGGCACAAAUUGAUGAUCCAGAUUAUCGAACUGAAAUGAAACAAUGGGCAAGAACAGAAUUUCAUCGAAAUAAAAAAUUAGAUGAUUUGCCGACAAUACGAUGGGGAUAUAAAGACUCAAAAUUUGCACUCAAUUCAAAUGGUUUAAUUGAAUUUUCUGGUUCACGGUAUUUACUCAGUGGUCAUGUAUUACCACGCUUGAAAGAAUGGAUGAUAAAUAAAUUGGGAGCAACAAUAGAUGUUUAUUCACCGAGUGUGACAGAACCUGAUCCAUCGUUUAGACCUAAACCAAUUAUAAAUGAAAGUUUUAUGCAAGAAUAUUUAACACAAUUGAGUACAAUUGAACAUUCAUCAGAUAUAAAUGAUCGUCUAUUCCAUUCACAUGGUCAUACAUUAGAAGAAAUAUGGAAAUUAAGACAUGGUGGACAAUUUGAUCGUAUUCCUGAUUUAGUUGUGUGGCCACGUACACAUCAAGAUAUUGAAAAAAUGGUUGCAUUAGCUUGUAAACAUGAUAUUUGUUUAAUACCGUUUGGUGGUGGUACAUCAGUAACAUGGGCAUUAAUAUGUCCAACGAAUGAACAACGUAUGAUUGUGUCUGUUGAUACAUCUCAAAUGAACAAAAUUAUUUAUAUUGAUGAAAAAAAUUUGACAGCUAGAAUACAAACAGGAAUCAUCGGGCAAGAUCUUGAACGAGAAUUAGCAAAAAGAGGAUACUGCACUGGUCAUGAACCCGAUUCAAUGGAAUUUAGUUCUCUUGGUGGAUGGAUAGCUACAAGAGCAUCGGGAAUGAAGAAAAAUGUGUAUGGUAAUAUUGAAGAUUUGUUGGUUCAUGUGACGAUGGUAACUCCCAAAGGGACCAUGGAAAAAAGUUGUCUUGGUCCUCGACAAUCCACUGGUCUGGAUAUUCAUCAUUUCAUUCUUGGUUCAGAAGGCAUUUUAGGGAUAAUAACUGAAGCUACGCUAAAAAUUCGUCCAUUACCACCGUGUAAAAAGUAUGGCUCAAUUGUAUUUCCUGAUUUUGAAUCUGGUGUUGGAUGUCUGAGAGAAAUUGCACGUUUACGUUCUGCUCCAGCAUCAAUACGUUUAUUGGAUAAUGAACAAUUUUUAUUUGGACAAGCGUUAGCUACCGAUUCAAAAGGCCUUAUUCAUUCACUAAUGGAUAAUAUAAAAAAAUUAUACAUAACAAAAAUAAAAGGUUUUGAUGUAAAUCGAAUGUGCGCAGCAACAUUAUUGUUUGAAGGGUUAAAAAAUGAUGUUAAUCAAAGAGAAAAGUUUGUUUAUGAUAUUGCACAAAAAUACAAUGGAUUACCAGCGGGUGAAGAAAAUGGACUGAAAGGGUACACGUUAACAUUUAUGAUUGCUUAUUUACGUGAUAUCGGAUUAGAUUAUAAGCUGGUAGCUGAAUCAUUUGAAACAUCGGUGCCAUGGGAUCGUGUUAUUGAUCUAUGUCGUAAUGUCAAAAAACGUAUUGUUGAUGAAUGUCUAAAGUAUGAUGUCAAAUAUCCGCCAUUUUCAUCUUGUCGUGUCACGCAAACGUAUGAUGCCGGUUGUUGUGUUUAUUUUUAUUUUGCUAUGAAUUAUAAUAAUUUGAGUGAUAAUACAGAUCCUGUAGAUGUUUAUGAAAAAAUUGAAGAUGCAGCAAGAGAAGAAGUUUUGGCUAAUGGUGGUAGUCUGUCACAUCAUCAUGGUAUUGGAAAAAUACGAACAAAAUGGAUUCGACAUGCUGUCAGUGAUUUGGGUGUAGGAACAAUGUCAAGUAUCAAACAAUAUCUUGAUCCAAAAAAUAUAUUUGGAAAUAAAAAUCUCAUACCAGAUGAUAAAGUGACUCAUUUUCAAUCAAAAUUAUAG